AUGGAUCGUAAACCAAAAAUCGUGUGGCAAUUAAAUUCACCAUAUGCCAAAAUUCAGUGGCCAGAGGUAUCCACUGAGCAUAAAAACAACAUCAUCGAACUUUUAAAUAGAUUUCUACAUCCAAUAGGGCAGUACCGCUCUAGCCAUGCUUCUCCUUCAAAAGGCAAAAGAAGUAAAAGGCGGGCAAAAAAUUCGGUUCUCAUGGCUAAGUCAGCUGGGUCAGACAAUUAUCAUCCUCCUGCACCUGAGAUAACAUCAUCAGUGAUUGUUGGCCUCAAUAACGUUGUCCGAAGGCUCGAAUCUCUCUCCAAUAUAUAUAGGACUAGAGCUUCCAAACCACAUAAGCCUCAACUAGGAAAUGAGGCCAAAAAUCCCUAUAAAGCAGUACACUCUAUUGAACAGCAUUUCUCUGCCAUUUUUGUCGUUUCAGACUCUCUACCACAAAUAAUUCAUGAGCAUUUACCAGAGCUUGUGAUCGCUGCGUCACUCGCGACUCCUCAAAUACCUGGAACUAGGCUUAUACAGCUUCCUACUUCGUGUAGUACUCAACUGUGUUUAUCACUUGGACUUCCCAGUGUAUCUACAGUUGGCAUUUUAGAAGGUGCACCACACUCCAAAAGCCUCAUAGAGUUUGUUCGUCAAUGCGUUCCAAUGGUCAUAUCUCCAUGGUUUCGAGAGGUAAAAUGUAACUCAUACCUACCAGUCCAAGUGAAAGCCAUCGAAUCAUCUGCACCAUUAACAAAAAAAGAACAAAAGAAACCCGAUGUAUCAAAGUGUCCCGAUACUUCUCCGAUAAAAGGCAUCAAAAGCUGA